CUCUGGUUAUAAAGUUGGGGGCGGAGAAGCCGAGAGUGGCUGGGAAAUGAUGGCUGAUGAAGAGGAGGAAGUGAAGCAGACCUUGCAGAAAUUGCAGGAACUGGUCGAUCAGCUGUAUUCAUUUCGCGAGUGCUAUUUUGAGACACAUAGUGUUGAAGAUGCUGGAAGGAAACAACAGGAUGUGCGGGAGGAGAUGGAGAAGACCCUGCAACAGAUGGAGGAAGUAGUGGGCUCUAUCCAGGGUAAGGCGCAGGUUCUGAUGCUAACUGGGAAGGCGCUGAAUGUGACUCCUGACUAUAGCCCUAAGGCCGAGGAGCUUCUGUCAAAGGCUGUCAAGCUGGAACCCACGCUAGUGGAAGCCUGGAACCAGCUGGGUGAGGUGUACUGGAAGAAAGGCGACGUUGCAGCUGCUCACACCUGCUUCUCAGGAGCCCUCACCCACUGCAAGAACAAAGUGUCCCUUCAAAACCUGUCAAUGGUGCUUCGCCAGCUCAGGACUGACUCUGGAGAUGAACAUUCUCGCCACGUCAUGGACAGUGUCCGGCAGGCUAAGUUGGCUGUGCAAAUGGAUAUUCAUGAUGGCCGUUCCUGGUGUGAGUGCUUUCAAAAGCUCUCCAAUAUCCUGGGGAAUGCAUACCUUUCUCUUUACUUCAGUACUGGCCAGAACCCUAAGAUCUCCCAGCAAGCCCUCAGUGCUUAUGCCCAAGCAGAGAAGGUUGACAGGACAGCUUCCAGCAAUCCUGAUCUUCAUCUGAACAGGGCAACGUUACAUAAAUAUGAAGAGAGUUAUGGGGAUGCCUUGGAGGGCUUUUCUCAGGCUGCAGCACUGGACCCUGCCUGGCAGGAACCCCGGGAGCGAGAGCAGCAACUCCUGGACUACCUGAAUAGAUUAACCCGCCUCCUUGAGAGCAAGGGAAAAGUGAAGACCAGAAAACUACAGAGCAUGUUGGGAAGUUUGCGCCCUGCCCACGUGGGCCCUUAUAGUGACGGGCGCUAUCAGUCAGCAUCCGGACAGAAGGUGACCCUGGUGCUCAGGCCGCUGAGUGCACUGCAGCCUGGUGUGAACAGCGGUGCUGUGGUCCUGGGGAAGGUGGUGUUCAGCCUCACCACAGAGGAGAAAGUUCCUUUUACAUUUGGCCUGGUAGAUUCAGAUGGACCCUGCUGUGCAGUGAUGGUGUAUAACAUGGUGCAGAGUUGGGGAGUGCUUAUCGGGGACUCUGUAGCCAUCCCUGAGCCCAACCUUCGGCUUCACCAAAUUCAGCACAAGGGAAAGGAAUAUUCCUUUUCCAGUGUUCGUGUGGAGACACCCCUCCUGCUGGUGGUGAAUGGGAAGCCUCAGGGCUCCAGCAGCCAGGCGGCUGCCACAGUGGCAUCCCGGCCCCAGUGUGAGUGACCUUACUUGACUUGAGUGGAGGCGAGGAGAUAAGCUCAAGGGCACUUAGCAGCUGGACCAGCCACAGCCAGGGGCUCAUCCAGGUUUGAGGAUGUUCAGAUGAUGACUUUUCCUCCCUCUGCCUUGUCAGACACUGUGUCCCUUCUUUCUCCCCUUAUAUUUCAGCUCAAUCCAGGGCCACAUACUCCCCUGGUAUAUUCUCCUGCCUCUUUCGUUGCUCUUCUGUAUUUUAGGCAAAGAGCACAGAAUUGGUAGAAGUGUUGGGAUCUUGCCAUGGGACAGAGUCCCCAAGAUUCCUGUUUUUGGUUCCUUCCUGAGCCUUGUGUAUAUAUCAUUUCAGUAUUUAUUGCUAAAGGAGGAGGCUUAAUUUUUUAGUGGCCUGGUUUGUUUGAAGUUUUUAUUUUAUUUUAAAAAUUAGGUCUUUCCCCUUCUUUGGGGCUGGCGCAGAAUUAAAUAUGUUUGGAAAAAAAUACUGUGUUGUUUGUCCUGUUUCAUUCUCUCUAGGCUUAGUUUCUUGUUUUAAGAUCACUUUUAACCUAUUAGAGUACUCCUCCCCCUUUAUUUUCUAUAUACAGAAUACUUUAUUUCUCUCCCAGUUAAAAGGAUUUAGGCAGCAGGCAGCCCAGGCCAAGACUGGUAGCUCCACGAGUUGCUGGAAAGCAGCUUCUUCCAUUUCCCCAUCCUGUCAUCCCUCAGGGUGGUCCUCGUCAUGGCCCAAGAUGACAGCACUGCUAUGUAGUAGUGUUACUAGGCUGGAAGAGUUGGGUAGUGUUACAAUAGUGUGACUAGAGAGGGCGAGAUACUCAGUUUCUUUAGACUAAUGACACUUUUCAUAAUAGUUUCUCUUAAUGGCCUUGUGGGAAGAUGGGAAAACAUGAACGAGGGGAGGAUUAAUGACCAACUGAAUGGUUAGAAGCAGAGAAUAUGUAAAUGGAUACAUAUUUGUUUAUUUGGAAGACUUGCAGUGAUAGGGCUCAGGUUUGGUCCUUGGUCCAGUCCUGUUGAACUCUUGAUCAGUGACUCAUUCAAUAUUCAAAGAAUGUAAAACAAAGGACUCCUCAGAGCAUGGAUGACAGAAUAAGCAUCUAUCUAAAGAAGUUAUAAGGGCUGAAUCUAAGAUAAAAGUUUGAAGUUCAUGCUUUUGGUCCAAAAAGGCCAACUUUCUGAGGUGUAUCUUGAACAUUACAUUUAAAGAAUUACUAGGAGUUUUAGAAGGUAAGAUAAAAUCUGUGAGUAACUAGUAUGCUAUGGUUGCAAAGACACUCUUUUGACUGUACCAAGAAUCUCUGGUAGCCAGAGGGAAGAGUUUUUAACAGUAUCAGGUCACAUGUGGAGCCUUAUGUUCAGUUCUGGGUGUUCAUUUUGAGGCCCACAGCAAUGCAAGAGUGAUCAGGACCUUGAAGGGGUGUAAAAUAUCCCGAGAAAUGGUUGAAAGCAACUGGGGAGAAAGAUAGGGGUUGUGAGUGUGUGCAUUAGAGUCAGUAGCGAGGCAAGACCCCAAAACUACUACUUUUACUCAAGUCCUAAGAUGAGUUGACUUACUCUGUGUAUUUCCAGGCAACAGAAAAAUGCCCAAGAGGUGAUAGAGAAAGCAGAAUUUAAAAGAUUUUAUGAUGUUUGUGUAAACAAGCAUGCAAAAUAUGUAUGUACAGUUUAAAAGAGUAAUUAAAAUAUCCAUGGAAAUAUCCACCUGGCUUAAAAACUGGAACAUUACUAGUAUCUUAGAAGUCCUGUGUGCCUCUCCAUGAUCUCAUCUCAUUUGUUUUCAUUGCUAUAUAAUGUCUCACUGUAUGAUUAUGCCAAAUUUCUUAUCCUACAGUUAAAGGAUAUUUUGGUUUCAUUUUUUUGCCAUCAGGGCAGUACAUUAUUAAUAUCCUGUACGUGUUCUGAUAUGGAAGUGCAAGAGUUUCUUUUAUAGCAGUGGUUCUUUUCCAAGAGUGAUCCCCAGACCAGCAGCCGCAACAUAACCUGGAACUUCUUGGAUACGCAAAUCCUCAGGCCCCAAAUCCUGAAUUAGAAACUCCUGAGGAGAGUCCAGCAAUCUGUGUUUAACAAAUCCUCCCAGUGAUUCUGAUGCACACAGAUGUGUGAGAACCACUGUUUCAGAUACUGGUUUAAGAAUGGAGUUGCUGGGUCAUAGAGUAGACAUAUGCUCAACUCUUUUGAGAAAUACUGAACAUUUCCAAAGUGGUUAUACCAAUUUAUGUCUCCACUCUCAGUGGGUGAGUCUUCCUAAUGUUCCUCAUUCUCUGAUGAUUGCUGUUGUCUUCUCUUUAGGGGUUGAAAAUUCAGGAGAUAUGAACGAUAUCUCCUUGUGGCCUCUAUUUGCAUGUCUCUCACUGUUAAUGGGUUUGAGCAUAUUUUCAUUAAGUUACAAGCCACUAAUAUCCACUAAUAUUUUCUCAUGGUAAAAUGACUACUUGUAUCUUUGCCCACUUUUUUUUUUUUUUUU